CCCCUCCCCCCUCCUCCUCCUCCUCCUCUCUUUCUCCCCCUCCCCCCUCUACUACCUUUCAUGUCCGAGCAGCCAGGGUCUCUUUCCAUCCCCGAUCAGGGGAUGGUCUCACCGAAGGUCUGGGAGCAGCAUGCCCUGCUGAAUCUCCUGGUCGAGACCCAAGCCGAAAACAUCGAGCAGUUCGUGCACGCUCUCCUGGACCAUGUUGUCCUCGGCCACGCGAUGCCCUCCCCGAUGCACCUGCUCUCGCAGGAGUACUCCGUGGGCCAGGUUUUCCAGCUGAUCGAUUGCCUUGUGGACACCAUGCGCCUCUGCCUCAACACCAUCCCUGCGGCCUCCUCCGAUGCGGACUUCCUCGGCCUGGCUGUUGCCUUCUACAGCGGCCCGGGCAUUCUUUCGAAUGACUCGCUCAAGCUCCUGGCCCGGUCUAUCUGCUCGCGCCGGCAGGAGUAUGUCCCAACCUCCGCGGCCCUGGUGACUCCGGCCACCGUGACCGGAAGCCUGCAGCUCCGUGACUUCGACUGGGAGCAUCGCGCCGUGGUCUUCCCGGCGGUCGACAAGAUCCACCACGCCUCCCUUGUGCGCCUCAGCCUGAACCUCGUGUCUCCGAACUCCGCCGAGCAGGGGGCCCUUCUGGAGCUGGGCCCCCAGGAGCUGGACACCCUGAUCGCUUCGCUCGAGGCCGCCGACAAGAUCUGUGCCGAGAACAGCGCGUAGAGAGGCCUCCGCGGUGUUGUCCCUGCCGGACCCCUUGCCUCCCUCCUCAUUUCGUCCGCCCGUCCGCCCGCCCCUUCCUUCCGCCCUUCGUCUCCACCAUGCUGCCCUGCUCCCUGGCCUGGACGUCUCUCGCUUCACAGUCUCUCCCCGUCCUUGGACAAUAUACACUACUCCCUCCC